AUGGCGAUUUAUGGAUAUCUUGCAUUAUUUUUCCUAUUUUAUCUGUCUACAGCCAUUCGUAUAAAAGUCGACUGCUCCGGGAAGGGCGAUUAUCGGAAAAUUCAAGAUGCCAUCGAUGCAGUUCCAUCGAAUAAUUCAGAAAAUGUAUUUGUUUUGAUCAAUCCAGGUGUUUACGAAGAAAAAGUUGUUGUGCCUGUAGACAAGCCCUUCAUCACACUCAGUGGCUCAAAACAUGCUGGCGGAGUUAUAAUAACAUGGCAUGAGUCGGGGGAAAUUUUUGAGUCUCCAACUUUCACAGUUUUGGCUUCUGAUUUUAUGGCCUGUCACCUCACAAUUCAGAAUACAUAUGGGAGUGGGGCAAAAGCAGUGGCAUUGAGGGUGUCAGCAGAUAGGGCAGCAUUCUUUGGGUGUAGAAUCUUGUCCCAUCAGGACACGCUACUUGAUGACAAAGGGAGGCAUUACUAUUACAAUUGUUACAUCCAAGGGGACACUGAUUUCAUUUGUGGAAAUGCAGCCUCUCUCUUCGAGAAGUGCCAUUUGCAUUCUCUUUCUGAAGGAAAUGGGGCCAUAACUGCGCAGCACAGGCAGUCUCCUAACGAGAAAACUGGAUUCACAUUUGUAAACUGCAAAAUAAGUGGCUUAAAAAGUGCUCUACUUGGAAGGCCAUGGGGUGCCUAUUCUCGAGUCGUUUUCGCCCUAACUUACAUGUCAAAUGUUGUAUUACCUCAAGGUUGGGAUGAUUGGGGGAACACCUCAAAGCAAAGGACUUCAUAUUAUAGAGAGUACAAGUGUUAUGGACCUGGUUCAAGUACCUCUAAGAGAGUGAAUUGGUCACACAGUCUUACAAGUGAAGAAGUUAAAUCCUAUUUGACAGAGAGCAUCAAUGGUGGCAAAAGUUGGGUUAGAGCGGCGCCGCCUCACUUCCGGAGAGCUUUCGUGGGUAACCUUUCCAGCCGUGUCGGUGAAAGGCAGCCGUGA